GCAAAAACGGAUCGUCCUCCUCUCCCGUUCCUCCCGCGGAAAACGGAUCGGGCGCCAGGGCCUCUCAGGACCGAGCGCCGCCUCCCUGCUCCUCCAGGUGCGCCGCCUCCAGCUCCUCCAAGCGCGUUGCAGCGUUCCUCCCCACCCAGGCGGCGGCGCCCCUCCUGCGCAGCUCCGCCCAAAGGCCGCGGCGCCCCUCACUGCGCAGCUCCACCCCAAGGCCGCGGCACCCCUCACUGCGCAGCUCCGCCCAGGCCGCGGCGCCCUCCCGGCGCAGCUCCGCCCCAGGGCGCGGCGCCCCUCCCCGCGCAGCUCCGCCCAGGCCGUGCCCCCCUCCCCGCGUGCAGCACUCCUGGGGAGGAGCUCCUGCUGCAACGGCGUAAAGAGAGGCGGAAGGAUGGCGAAGGGCGGCGGUGGCAGGGGGCUGAUCUGGGCGACGGCGGAGGAUCUGGCGCGGAACCGGCCGGUAGUGCUGUCUCUGUACCGGCAGAUCCUGCGGGCGCUGAACACGCCGGAGCUGCCACUGGGGUACGCGGCGCGGCUGGCGAAGAAGGCGGAGUGCCGCGCCAUCUUCCUCUUCGGCGCCGAGGAGAGGUCGCUCCACAACAUCAGGGACCUCCUCGUCGCCGCGCGCCACACUCUCGGCCUCCUCAACCGCGGCCGCCUCCCGUAGCGAGGAACGAAGAGUCUUGCAAGUCGCUUUUCCCAAUGCCCACGGGUACAUAGUUUUGGAGGGUAUGUUCUUGGGAUGAGCAAAUUUGUAGCAUUCUGGAACUAGCAUGCAUUUGCAUUGCCCAAAUGACAAAUAUGUUACACUAACACCAUUGUUGUUGGCAGUUGUUUAGAUCUUUCCUUCUGCGAAAUCGACUAUAAGUAUACAGGGCUAUGAUGUUUACACAAUACAAAUUUACGCCCCAACAUGACUUGAAUUGAUCAACUAAUCUUGCAGCUGUACCUAGAGAUCCAAACUUAGAACACUGGACAGACGCUAUCGGGACCCAAGUCCACCCCUUUAGCUGUAGGGCACGAGACUAGAGGACAGUGUUCUCCAGCUGUGCCCCACCAAUCGAUGCUUUUGUUCUCCAUUGUCAGUGAGAAGUACAGCACCACCCCCAUGAAUGCUACUCCAGCGUCAAGCCCAGCAGAGAGAAUGUAGUUGUACCUUGUCCACCACUUUUUCCGGUACCGGAACACAAAGAAAUUGAAGAUGGUGCCAAUGAGCAGCCAUGAGUUAUAGUUCACAGCCGUUGCUGGGGGCAUGUAGGCCGUUGCACCAAGGAGCACUGGCAGAUUGAUCAAUGGUAUCCACGUCUGGUUGGGGAACAUCCUGUGGAGAACGUAUACAAUAACUGGGCCUGCUGCGCCAAUGAGGAAAAACCAGUUGAGGGCAGCGUAGUUCCCAGCUGACCCAAAGAUGCGCAUCGGACCGACAAGGCCCCAGAUCACUGAUGCAUCGAAGAACACACGGUCACCAGGGCAUGUCCAUGGGCUGUCUGGUGGGAGUGAAUCUGAGCAGAUGUCCUUGAUGGAGCCGAGCAGCCACCAUGCCGUCCCAAUGUUGACCGUGCCAGCCACGAUAGUUCCAACAAACUAAGCAAAUACAGUACCUGAAGUGAUGAUGCUGAUGGGAAGGGUGAAGAUGAAUGCCAUGCCACACGCGAAGAUAAGGCCCCACCAAGGGAGCUGGACCUCGCGCUUCAGUACAGUGCAGAGGAGGAGGGAUACUGUAACUGAAAGUGCCAUCAGCGAGUAGAACCACCACGCAGGGAUGUCAUCAUACUUCUUCAUCAACCUUGUGUGGAUGUCAGGCUUCUCCGUCUGUGAUGCUUUGAAGCGGCGGUAGAUUUCCCUGCACAUAGAAGAGCCCGACAUGCGUUAUGGUGGCUGCAAUGGUGGCGAAGCUGAACCCAUAAGUGAGUGCGAAGAAUAUGCUGAGGUUGACUUUGCCACGCUCUUCGUACGCAUGCUUAUCAAGCUGAAACUGACUGUUGACAAUUGAAGGUAUGUCGUACUUGGUGCCAUUUGACAUGAACAGGUGCGAGGAGAAGAUGGGGAAUGUCUUGGCGUUGUACAGGUUGAACCCCCAGUAUGCUACCGGCAUGAUCAGGUAGACGAAGAACACAUAGCCAAAGAAGAUGUUGACGGUGGCGAAAAAGGGCGAGAUGAGGGGACUGAAGAGGAAGGAGGAGACCGUGGACCAGUCGAGUGUGAAGGCGCCGAGGCCAAGGCCCUUCAUGCCUGACCCAAGCUGCUGCGCCGUCACGGACUUGGAGAAGACCCAGCACACCCAUGAGAUGGACGUCAGGGUCGGGAAGAGGUAGCCUGGAACGGCGUACCAUGCGAAGCUGCACGCGAGCGCCACCACAAAGAACUUGGAGCGGGAGAUCUGACGCGAACCUGCAGCGGCAGCUUCGUCCUUCUCGUGCAAUGCCCUGGUUCAACAUUGAGGACAUGAUCAGAGCUGUUGUUAGUGGCAUUUCUACAGCUAAAACAUGAAAAUAUGCAGUCGGUACUGUAACUAUAGCUGGUCUUGAAUCAGACUGUAUCAUUGUAAAAACAAAUCAAUUAUGUUUCACUUUAAGGAAUCCAAUUACACGGUGAAAAGUUGCAGUCACAGAAUUCA